AUCCGAACGUAGCUUUUCUUACCUCUUUGGCUGUUUGGCUCACUCUGCUUUCCUUUUUCUUUUUCUCUUUUAUAUUUUCUCCAUUGAUUCCUUUCAGUUUCUCGAAUCCCAACCGUUGUUUCAUCAUCACUUAACUAAAAAAAACACCAAAGGAAUCUCUUUGGCACAACAACACCUCAAAAAUCCCUUCUUUUUUCUUUCUCCAACAUUUGCAUCUCACUUUUCUUUAAUAACACUCUUUCUUGUUCUUCAUUCCCAACCCCUUUUCUCUGAAACCCAUUGGAGUUUUGUUUCUUGAUUGGAAGAAUAAAAGAAGAAGAAGAAGAAGAUGAUGAGAGGUGAAAGAAUGGCGAAGAAAGGGUCUCUAGGAAACAUGGUGUUGAAGAAGCUUUCUGAUAUUACAAACUUGCAGGCUGCCAAAAUUGCAAGCCAGGAGGAAAAGCCGCUUGAAAUUUCUGAGUGUGAUAAGAACUUCGUUGAUCAACUUAUCAGGGAGAGAAUGACUUUGAUGAAGCUUGUUGAUGAGAGAAAUAAAAUUAUCGAACUGAGUGGAGCUGAGUUGCAGAAACAUCGAGUAGGUCUUCAGAAAUUACAGCUUCAGAAUUGGAAUCUUGCUCAAUCAAACAGCAAAAUGUUAGCGGAGCUUAAUCUGGGAAGAGAAAAGGUGAAAGCACUGCAGCAUGAACUUAUUUGCAAGGAUGCAUUACUUAAAGCCAAGAGAUUGGGACAAGAGUCCCUGUUGCAGGGUGAAAAAGCAAAAGGAAAUUGUCAAAAGACUUGCUCUCAGUCUCAGGAAGGAGAUGAGGCUGAUUUGGACAUAGAUUGUACUGAUGAGAAGCCAAGAAAUCAAAAUAGAAGGCGUCUUCUGAGAAGCCGAUCCCUGGGUUCUUCUACCACAUGCCAAAAAGCCGAAGAAAAAGAGACAGUUGAAAUAAAAAGGCGUCGACUAAGGAAGCAAUCCGUGAGGUUCAAAUCCCAUUGGCGGGAACCAAAAGAGAACUUGUUUGAAAUUGAAGAUGCUAAAUUUCCAUCGAGUCAGGCUCACCACGACAAUCGAGUGCAUAGUUCUUUAGAAGAAAGUUGUGUUAGAUCACAAAGAUCUUCAAUUGGAAGACCAUUACGCAAAGCUGCCGAGAAAGUUCAAUCCUACAGGGAAGUUCCUCUCAACAUGAAAAUGCGGAGAAAUGAAUAAGUGAAUGAGUAGAACAAGAUAUAUUAAUGUUGGACAAUUAUAGAAUACGCCAAAUGUUCUCUUCUUUUUACUGUAUUUAUAAGGGGAAAAAAUCACAAGUCUAUUAUUCUAUUGUGUGUCAAGUUGUUGUGGUUAUAAUUUGUUAUACAAACUAAUUAGUUGUUAAAAAUGGAAAUUCUUCCUGAGAAUUUAGGGAAUGUAUAGAAAUAGCUAUUUUGUCAAGUUACGGGUCUAGUUAGAACUCUCUCACUUUGGGAUAUUGGAUUUUAGAGCAUACAAAUUAAACAUUUUUUUUUUCAA